UCGGUGCAUCGGCGAAGCUGUUGAAAACUUGUCAGCCGAACAUGGCAACGGUGAUAUCCGACUUAGGUGACGGGCGUCCGGGGUUUUAGUGCCGAUGACACGACAAUAUGAGUGAUAAGUCGGUCUCGUUUCGGAGGAGGAAUUUGCAAGGAAGAACAAAGACGCCGGCAUCGCCGCGAAUGAGCUUCCCGCAGGCCAUGACAGUUUAAGCAAGGACAAUGGACGGCACACGUGCGGCAGAAGUAUUGCCGUUGUUGCAAGAACGUCUGGCGAUACUACCGGGUGGACGAGAUCGCAGAGGAGGCCCUGUACUGCUAUUCCCUAGUACACCGAGGCGCGAACGUGCGAAACCCGAGGAUUACAGACGUCUCUUGCAGUAUUUGUUCGCUAUUCCGAGCGAUGAAGCCAGGGGCCUACGUUUUACCGUAAUUGUGGAUAUGCGCGGUACUACAUGGGACUCUAUCAAACCUAUCUUGAAGGUAUUACACGAGCAUUUUCACCGGACGGUCCAUGUUGCCUUUCUGAUCAAACCGGAAAACUUUUGGCAGAAACAGAGAACCUCAUUGGCUAAGCAGAAGAAAUAUAAUUUUGAAAUCAACACAAUCAGUUUAGAAGCUCUCGUAAAGGUUAUCGACCCUUCUCAACUCACCGCGGACUUGGACGGAUCCUUACAGUACGAUCAUGCUCAAUGGAUCGACACGAGAUUAGUUGUAGAAGAUUUUACAUGGCAAGCGGCCGAUCUCCUCGAUCGAUUAGACGACCUGCAGGAGGAUCUUAGUCGGAACGACUUUGCCGACGACGUCGCGGGAGCUAAACAUGGCAUUGAUCUGCACAAUGAAAUGAAGAAGAAGAUCAUGAAAGUCCCAGUGGAGGACAUCGAAGUUGUCGGUCAACGUCUGCUUCAGCGAUUCAACAGCGGUGCAACAGCGACUGCCGGAGAAGGAGGGAGUAUCGACAAUGGCGCGGCGAGUUGCACGGAUCCUGACGGACGGGCUCUGGCCACACUCGUUAUUCAGCAUUUGGACUCGGUGCACGCCGCGCAACAGCAUCUCCUGCAAUUGUGGCACAUCAAGAAGAUGAAGUUGGACCAGUGUUUUCAGCUGCGGCUGUUCGAGCAGGACUGCGAGAAGAUGUUCGACUGGAUCUGCCACAAUCGCGAGGUGUUCCUCGCGAGUUACGUAGAGAUCGGCCGCUCGUAUCAGCUGGCGAAGAAUCUGCAGGAGGAGCACAAACACUUCACGAUGAGUUCGAUGAAUGUUUACGUGAACAUAAAUAAGAUCCUGACGAUGGCCGGCAGAUUGCUGGAGACGCAGCAUUACGCGGCCGGGCACGUGCGGGCGGUGGCGGGCCGUCUCGAUCGAGCUUGGAAGGAAUUCGCCGCCGGCCUCGACGAGCGCACCGCGGUACUUAGUUUAAGCGUCGUGUUUCAUCACAAGGCGGAACAGUAUGUCGACAAUGUCGCCGGUUGGAGCCAGGCGUGCGACACUAGCAAUCUGCCCAGUGAAAUCCCGGUGCUCGAGUCUCACAUUCGCCAGCACCAGACUCUCUACGAAGCGAUGUGUCAGGCGUACACCGAGGUGCAUAGUACCAGUAAGAAGCUUCUUUAUCAACUGGAUCAUCUUGUGCAAGUCUGUAAUCAACCGCAAGGAAUUGACCAUGUCGCCAGAAAACAUAGUCAAGAUGGACACAAUAUUGACAGUCAUAGCGGCACAAGCGGCAAUCCGGCGGCCGAUUACAGCGAAGGCGCAUCUCAUGUUUUAGCUGUUAUUCAUCAGAUUCUUGGUCAUCACAGGGCGCUGGAGGCUCGCUGGCACGCCCGAAAAGUCAAGCUACAUCAACGGCUCGCGUUGAGACUGUUCCAAGAAGAUGUGAAACAGGUUCUCGAUUGGCUGACGAACCACGGCGAGGUCUUUAUCAGAAAAAAUACAGGCGUAGGUCGUAAUCUGCAGAAAGCACGAGUCUACCAGAAAAGCCACGAACAUUUCGAGAAUGUUGCACAGAACACGUACACGAACGCGACGAAGCUUCUGACCGCGGCGGAAGAGCUCGCUCACACAGGAGAGUGCGCGCCCGACGAGAUAUACGCGGUGGCGCAAGAAUUGGAAGCUCACGUAAGCAGUUUCGCGGCGAGGGUCGAGCAGCGACGUCGCCGAUUAGAUCUGGCAGUGGUAUUUUACACUCACGAGAAAGAGCUGACCGGAUGGGUGGACGAGUUGCGUCAGGAGCUGCAGCAGGACGAGGUGGCGGAAAAUCUGGAAACGGCUGAGAGACUGCUGGAGCAAUGCGCGCAACACCGAUCGUCCUGCCUGGAGGCGUGCGCCUCGACGAUAGCCCAGGGCGAGGCUCUGCUGCAGGAGCUUCGCGAGGCCACCGACGCUCCGGACAGCACCGGGUCCGUGUCGGCGAUCGAGACGGCCUUGGACCGACUGGCGGGUCUGAGGCAGGAGCUGGAGGAACUCUGGGCCACCAGGAAGCUCCGGCUGGAGCUGUGCCUGCGUUUGCGCGUGUUCGAGCGGGACGCGCUCGAGGCGAGCGGCCAGCUGGAGAUGUGGGCGCAGGAGUUGCAGGGCCCGCCGCGCGAAGGCUCGCCCGAGCAGCUGCUGCGCGUCCACAACGACGGGGUCGCCCACAUGCAGAACACGGCGUUCCAAGUGCUGCACCGCGGCCGAGAACUGGCCCAGGUCCUCGAGGAAGCGGGGGUGUGCAUAAUGGCGGACGGUCAGCACAGCGCGGCGGCGCGGGUGCAGGUGCUGCUCGAGUUUCUCAACGAGAGGGAGCUGGACGCGGAGGAUCUCGCGGAGAUGCGACGGGUGCGGCUGGAGCAGGCCUCGCAAUUGCUGCAGCUGCAGACCGACGCCUCCCACGUGGCCAAGUGGAUACGGAACGGCGAGUCGAUGCUGCUGGCCUCGCUGAGGGUCCCGGAGAAUCUCCAGGACGCCGAGCAGCUGCGACUCGAGCACGACCAGUUCCAGGUCGCGAUAGAGAAGACUCACACUUCUGCGGUGCAGGUGAAGCACAGAGCGGACGCUCUGGUGAGCGCGAAUCAUUACGAUCCGAAGAGCAUCAGGGAGGUGGCGGAGGACGUCACCAAACGGUGGCAGCAGCUGGUCACCUGUGCGGAGGAACGGCACAAAUUGGUCACCGCCAGUAUUAACUUCUACAAGACGGCGGAGCAGGUGCGCUCGGUGCUCGACAGUUUGGAGCGCGAGUACAAGAGGGACGAGGAUUGGUGCGUCGCCGGUGAGAAGGGCGCCCAGGUGCCGACGUUGCUCGGCAAGCAUCAGGAGCAGAAGGAGGCCUUCCUCAAGGCGUGCACGCUCGUGCGCCGCACCGCGGAGACCUUCCUCAAAUACACCAAUCGUAGCCUGCAGUUUUACAGUUACCAGGCGAACAGCGCCGGUUCCGAGAACAAGGUGAAAAAUAUCCUGGAGGAGUUGCUCAGCAAGGAGAACAAGGUGCUCGAGUAUUGGACUCAGCGCAAGAAGCGUCUGGAUCAUUGCCAGCAGUACGUUUUGUUCGAGCGUAGCGCGAAACAGGCGCUCGAGUGGAUCAGGGAGACCGGGGAGUUGUAUCUCUCGACGCACACCAACGUCGGCAAGAAUCGCGUCGAGAACGAACAGUUGCUGCGGGAACACAACGAGUUCAAAGGUGCCGCGAGAGAGACCAGGGAGAAGGUCAAGCUGAUCAUACAGCUGGCCGACAAUUUGGUCGACAAGGGUCAUGCUCACUCCGCGGCGAUCAAGCAGUUCGUCGCCGAGGUCGAUCAGCGAUACAAAGACUUUAGCGCGCGAAUGGACUGCUACAAGACGCAAAUCGAGGCCGAUCUCGGCAUACAAUCCGACCAGGAGGGCCACCGAGAGCUCUCUAUCGAUCGUAAUUCGGAUCCGUUGCUCGAGGAGAAGAUCAAGGGUAAAGAUCUGAAAGAGCUGAACGAGGAGAAGAGGAGGUCCGCGCGCAGAAAGGAGUUCAUCAUGGCCGAACUCUUGCAAACCGAGCGCACCUACGUCAAGGACCUGGAAACCUGUAUCCGUUGUUUCCUCGACGAGACGCGAUGCGGCAAGGGAAACGUUCCGCCUGGUCUGCUGAGCCGGGAAUCGAUCAUCUUUAGCAACAUAGAGGAGAUACAUCAGUUUCACAGCAACGUCUUUCUACGCGAGUUGGAGAAAUACGAGACUAUGCCGGAAGACGUGGGACAUUGUUUCGUCACGUGGGCACCCAAAUUCGACAUGUACGUAACUUAUUGUAAAAACAAGCCCGAGAGUAAUCAGCUGUUAGUAACACACGGUGGGACGUGGUUUGAAGAAUUGCAGAGAAAGCAUAGAGUGGAACAUCCUAUCGCUGCAUAUCUAAUCAAACCUGUACAAAGAAUUACGAAAUAUCAGCUGCUACUUAAGGACUUACAGGCUUGUUGCCAAGAGGGACAGGGCGAGAUAAAGGAUGGAUUAGAGGUGAUGUUAAAUGUGCCUAAAAAAGCUAACGAUGCCUUACAUUUAAGUCUACUGGAAGGUUGCGACGUUAGGAUAGAUACACUCGGCGAUGUUGUAUUGCAAGAUUCCUUUACAGUAUGGGACCCAAAACAGUUGAUCCGAAAGGGGAGAGAUCGUCAUAUAUUUCUUUUCGAGUUAUACCUCCUCUUCAGUAAGGAAGUGAAGGAUUCUGCCGGGAAGGUAAAAUAUAUUUAUAAAAAUCGUCUGAUGACUUCCGAGUUGGGUGUGACCGAGCAUAUCGAAGGCGAUGAAUGCAAGUUCGCGGUGUGGACGGGACGAGCGCCAACCAGCGACACUCGCGUAGUGCUGCGCGCAAAUUCGAUGGACGCGAAACAGUUGUGGGUGAAAAGGUUGCGCGAAGUAAUACAGGAAACCUAUUUCAGCCUGAGUAUGCCGAAGAGCCCGGCCAAGAAGAGCUCCAGCCAACGCUCGAGCAGAGACUUGGAGGAAUGCGCGUCCUUGGACGACAGUGUGGAGAAUCUCGAUAGGAAUUCACUGGCUUCCUUCGGCUCAACCAACACCACUGAUUCGGAUAAGACCGGAGUGGUCGAAAUGACAUGGGUGGUCGCUGAUCAUUUGGCGGCGCCUGGCUCGAAGGAGCUCAGCGUGACGAAGGGCCAGCAGGUCGAGGUGUUGGAGAACGGCAGUACCAACACAGUCCCCGAAUGGACGCUGGUACGUUUGCCGCUCACUCCUGGACAAGCGGAACCUCCCGCGGAGGGUCUGGUGCCCACCAGCGCGCUGAAACAACCACCGACCGCCUCUUGCAAAACCUCGCCGUCCAGAAAAGCGUCCACGCAGCAGCAACCACAACAACAACAGUCGUCGCAUCAUCACCAUCAUCAUCAUCCGUACCAUCAGAUUAAUCAGGCGAUCGUCCAAGCACAAACUGCCGUUACAUCGCCGAGUGCUGUUACGUUACAGCCGACGAGCACCGCGGCGGCGGCGGCGGUCACGCAAACGACCGCGCUGUCGUCCGCGGUGCUGACGCCGAUGUUGUCGGAGGACGCGGAUACAGCCGACGGAUCGGCUAAUUCACCCGGCAACAAGAGGCGAGGUUUCAGCGGCGACGGUGUUUCUGUUUAUAGACGGAAGUGGCUCCCACCGCCUUUACGUAAACUCAGCCAAGGUAAAGUGGAGAAAACCAAUACGACGGUGCCGCCGACGUCAUCGUCUCCUUUGAUUGGGCCCUCUUUGAAGAAAAGCGACAAACGCUUUAAAUUGCCGAGCGGCGCCGAGCAUAAUCGGCCCGGUAAGGCGAUCUACGAGGCCGAAGCCCAAGAAGGCGAGGAGGAGGAGGAGGAGGAGGAAGAGGUCGACAGAGAGGAAGAGGAGCAAGAGAUCGAGGUGGACGUGGCGGAGAGCGAGGACACCGCGGCGAUAGGCUCGCUGCAGGAGCAGAACGGCGGCGAGGACGCCGAUGACGACUUGGAACUGCCACCGCCGAUGAAGCCUAUAACGACGGAGCCGAUACUCGUGACUACCGCCAACGGCCCGUCGGGAUCGACGAUACCGAAUGAACUGUCCGGGAAACGAACUGUCGAACGUUCCGCCAAGACGAUCCUCGAUGGCGCCACCACGGCUGACCACCUUUCGGAGAUCGAGCAAAUCGUCAAGGAGAAAAUGGAACAACACACGGAGAAUCAGGAAAGGCAUAUGCGAACCCCGAACGGGAAAUCGUUGAGCAGCGAAGAGGACUAUCCCACCAACAAUCCGGCGGCCGUUCUCGAGGAGUCAGACCCGGAGAGUACCACGAUCGCCAAGCGGCAAUUCGUUAUUCGCGAGCUGGUCGACACCGAGAGAGACUACGUGAACGACUUGAAGCAGAUAGUCGACGGUUACAUGGCACUAAUGCGAAAUCCCGACAGCGAGAUCCCCUUGCCGGAGGAUCUGCGCGGUGGGAAAGAUAAAAUGGUUUUCGGUAAUAUAGAAGCCAUCUACGAGUGGCAUAGAGACUUUUUCCUCAAAGCUUUGGAACGUUGUUUGGAACGUCCCGAGGAACUCGGACCUCUCUUUAAACGUUACGAGCGAAAGUUACACAUGUACGUGGUUUAUUGUCAGAAUAAGCCCGUUUCGGAAUACAUUGUCUCCGAAUAUAUAGAUACUUACUUCGAGGAACUUAGGCAAAAACUCGGACAUCGUCUCCAACUUUGCGACUUACUGAUCAAGCCUGUACAAAGGAUUACAAAAUAUCAACUUCUUCUACGGGAGGCACUGCGCCUCACUGAACGAACUCAAAGGUUAUCGGAAAUCGAAGGCCUCAGAGCGGCGGCUCAUGUCAUGCGAGUUAUUCCUAAAGCUGCAAACGACAUGAUGGACGUCGGCAGAUUACAAGGUUUCGACGGUAAAAUAACGGCGCAAGGAAAACUGUUGCUGCAUGGUCCGCUUCUAGUGUCGGAAAUCUCGAAUGUCUCUACGAGAGGGAAAGAAUGGCAAGUGUUUCUUUUUGAGCAAAAUAUUAUCUUCAGCGAAUCUGUCGGCAAGAAGACUCAGUUCACCAAUCCUGCCUAUAUAUAUAAAGCACAUAUACAGGUAAACAAGAUGAGUCUCGAAGAUUCGAAUGAUGACCCGGAAAAAUUUGUCAUCCGAUCAACGGAUCCUCGAAAGCCGGGACUAGGAUUUUCUUGUAGCGUAGCUGAAGAAGGUGGACCGCGCCGGCAGGAGUGGGUAGACACGAUCACUGCCAUCCUGCAAACACAGCGCGAUUUCCUGAAGGCGAUACAGUCACCGAUUGCCUACCAGAAGGAACUUACCAAAGAUCCACUCCGUGCCAUCACCGAAUCUGCGACUCGGGCAACCGUAUCGGUGCCUCCGACUCUGACAGUCCCCGGAUCGGCAAACAAAGAUAGGAGUAACGAGCAUAGGACGUCGAGUAGUCAACCGCAGCUGCAACGUUCGCACACCGGAGGAUUGGAUUGUUCACCACGUACACCCAGUCCAACCAAGAGUAGACUGAACUUCUUGGAGGGAUUUAAGAAUACUUUACGCACGCGUUCGCCGGUGCGCAACAACUCCAUCCCGGUCGUUCCAGGUGCUCGCGUAAGAUUAGCCGCGGAUUGGGGCAAGUUGCACGCCGGGGACGAGCUGGUCGUUUCCCACCUCGAUGGCCCAGGUCUGGUGGUGUCCCCCGUAAAUACCAAGGACGAGCUAUGGAUCCCCGCAAGCCUGAUCCCGAACUCAGCGAACAGUAGAGUGUGGUCGUUUCGUCCGCGAAAGGUGGAUCACGUCGAUUCUCGCGAGUCCUUGAAGACGACGGAGGAAAAGACGCCAGUUAUUUUGAGCAGUCCGAUGUCGAUUCGUGCAGCCGCUGGGGAAUCCAUCAGAUUGCUCGUCGAGACGCAAAACGCGGACGGUGCGGUCGUCACUUGGAAGAAAGAGGAUCGAUGCUUGAAGAAGAACGACCGAUAUCAAUUCCAACAGAGCGCGGGCUUCAUCUACUUACAAAUCACCGGCUGCCGAGCUUCGGACUCCGGGAUAUAUCACUGCCACGUAAAGUGCGACACGGGCUUUUGUUCCACGAAGAUCGCGCUCUUCGUCAUAGGCGGCAGGAGCGGUACCAUGGUGCGUGUUUUGAGAUCCUCGCGAGUGGAGAUCGACUGGGAAAAAGACGAGAUCGGUAGCGCGUCGUGCAGUAUAGAGUGCAGGACUUUACCUUCGCAGCAAUGGGUGCCGAUAUUGAAGCAAGCCAACGAGCCGCCUUCCGUGCUGGAUAUGCCAGCGGACGCUUCGUACAGUUUCCGGGUGAUCGGGGAGGGCGGGACAACGACCUUGCCAUCGAGCGUGGUGACGCUGUCAAACGCGAACGACGAAUGGGAAGCCAAGCAAUUCGUCGGCAGGUACUUGGAGUUGGACGAGCUGGGUAACGGCAGAUUCGGCACGGUCCGUCGUGCCAAGGAUCGCGGCACCGGUCAGGAGGUCGCCCUCAAGCAAACCCCGCGACACAAGCAAUCGAGAUCGCUGACACGCGCGGAGUACGAUCUUCUCGCCGCCGCUCAUCACGCCAACAUCGUACGAGCAUUCGCCCUGUUCGAGAACGCGCCCCGACCGGGCGUCGACACCAUUGUCUUGGAACUAGUCAAAGGUCCAACGCUGUUCGCGUAUUUGAGCGAGAAAACGGAGUAUACCGAGGCGACCGCGGCGCGAUACACCGCUCAGCUAUUGUCGGCGCUACAUUGGCUGCAUUGCCGCGACAGAGCGCACUUGGACGUCAAGCCGGAAAACGUUCUUAUCGACCAGGAGGUAGACGCGGUGAAAGUGAUAGAUCUGGGAGAGGCGGUCAGAGCUCCCGUCGACGAGGUUGUACCGCCCGCUGAUCUCGAGUUUGCGCCACCGGAAUCGGUGUUGGGCAGACCGACCGGUUCUUACACGGAUAUGUGGGCUGUCGGGGUCUUUAUUUAUGUUCUAUUGAGUGGAUUAUCGCCUUUCUUGGACGACUCUGUAGAGGAAACUACCGCCAAUAUACUCAAAUGUGACUUUUGUUUUCCCGACGAAUAUUUUGAGACGAUAUCUGACGACGCGAAGGAACUUCUCAAAAGAUUACUGUGUCUGCGUGGCGAGGACCGAAUAAAUGCGGAAGUUUGUCUCGCUUCAACAUGGUUAUCAAAGGUAUCUAGUGGCGCUAUUAUACCGUCCACUAGAAUGGCCGCGUUUAUAGAACGUCGUGCGCACUGUCUUAAACUGCGUCAAGAUCACAAUGACAGUUUUUAUUCUUAAAACUAAUAUAUGUGUGUGUGUGUGUGUGUGUGUGUGUGUGUGUGUGUGUGUGUGUGUGUGUGCAGUAAGCAUGUUACUUAAAAUACAUGACAAGUUUAUAUGUAAAUAGUAAAAUAUAUACUUGAAUGUCUA